AUGGCAACUGGGGAAGGAGAAAGAAAGAUUGAUAAUGCAGAAGAUUUUUUGCAGGUGAACGAGGAGUCCGAUAGUGAUGAUGAGAAUGAGACUUCUGGUAGUGAGGAAAUUGAAGACUUCUGUGAUGGUGAAGAUGCUGUGCAAUCCAUUGGAGAAACUUGUACAAUUCCCAUAGAUGGUGUUGAAGAUAUGGGUAACAUCAAUUUCGUCACUUUAACAUUUGAAGACAUGAAGAAAUACAGGUUUUUAAAUCGCAAUGUUGCCUGCGAUUUUUACAAUAUGUAUGCUCGCUUUAAUGGAUUUUCUGCCCGUCGGAGCGUUGUCAAGAAAAACUUUAAGGGAGAAAUUGUGCAGCAGAAUUUUGUCUGUCAUAAACAAGGUCACAGAGAAGAUAGAUUUGGGGAAGAUGGAGUUCGCAAGCGUGAACCUAGGAGGGACAUUAGGUGUGGAUGUUUAGCACACUGCAAGGUCCAUAUUGAUGAAUCUGAAUAUGGUCAACGUUGGGUUGUUAAACAUCUCGAUGAUGGCCAUAGUCACUUGGUUGUCCCUGAUAAGCAUGUAGGUUUGCUAGCCGGUCAUAGGAAGAUGUGCGACAUGGAUGUUUCCCAGAUGAACAACAUGAUUGGAGUUGGUAUUUCACCUCCCCAAGUUUAUGCAUCAUUUGCUGGUGAAGCGGGUGGGUAUCUGAAUGUAAAUUUUAAUCAGCGAAACAUGUACAAUGUAUUGGAUAAGGAGAGGAGAAACCAGUUGCCUGAUGCAAGAGGUGCAUUUGGCUAUCUGCGUACUUUGCGAAGCACAGAUCCAGACAUGUACUGGAGCCAUAAGAAGUCUGAGGAAGGAAAGUUGCUGAACUUGUUUUGGUGCGAUGGACACAGUCGUAGAGACUAUGGUGUUUUUGGUGAUGUGUUAGCAUUUGAUGCUACGUAUAGAAAAAACAAAUAUAGUUGCCCACUUGUGGUAUUGUCUGGAGUCAACCAUCAUAACAGGACCAUUGUGUUUGGCACAGCAAUUGUAUCUGAUGAGAAAGAAGAAACCUAUGUAUGGCUGCUGGAAAAAUUUGUGGAUGCAAUGAAAGGCAAAGCUCCUGUAUCUGUCAUUACUGAUGGAUGCAAGUCCAUGACGAAUGCGAUUAGAAGAGUAUUCCCCGAUGCCCACCAUAGGUUGUGUGCGUGGCAUUUAUUGGAGAACGCAUGA